CAACUUGUUUAUAGUGAACUCUGCUCCUCCUUCGCUAACGUUUACUCUGAGUGUCGCACAACACGCAUCGGUUUCUUGGUUUAAAGUGAACAUUUUUCGUUAAGUGAAAGUUUUUCGUUAAAGUGAAAAAUUUUCGUCAGAAGAACUACUGCAACAGUUUGACUAUCAGAUACUUUUUUCUGAAUUUGAGAAUUUUUCUAUCUCGGUAUUCCUUUAGCUAAUACCUCGUAUCAUUACCGACAUGGCGAACACCGAUGAUGUUUAUUCCCUAAUUUCAGCCUCUGGUGAUGAACAGGCGCUAGUGAGGAACUCGGACAACGCUGAGCACAAUUUCAAUGAACUAGAAAAUGAAUUACUGACCGACAUUCGUUCUCUUCACUUGAAAGCUCAGCGGCAGCCAUCACACUCAAUUAUUGAAGAACUUGAGAACAUUCUAUCGUUCAUUUUUGUUGACACUGAAACCAAGUACCUCGAAGUUAAAGAGGAUUUUACACCAGCAGCUGUAGAUAUUCUAUUAUCUGAAAUUAAGAAUAUUAUUGACUGCAUAUCUCCUACAAAAUAUGGCGAACACAAAUACGUCGAUUUUGUCGGGUACUUCAACCUGAUGGAGGCAUACAUUCGAGCGAUGGCUCUUGAAAUUGAAGACUCAAUAUCCAUGCAGAGAACUGGUCUGAACCAUGAAGCCAGACUCAAUGAAAUUAUUCAGAGUUUUUAUUCAAUCUAUGACAACGUUGUCAAGGCAGGAGUCAUCCUCGGCAACACUCACCACGAAUUAUGGUCCCCGCUUCUAAAGAAACGCUCGCUGCAAGAUAUUCUCCCACAAUCUGAAGAAGAAGAAGCUUGUCCCGUGUGUUUGGAUGUUAACAUUACAGAAGAUGAGAAUUUUGUCAUGUUCUCCAGCUGCAGACAUCUUUUCUGCCACUCAUGCAUAGCGCGGUGGCUGCAAAAUAAUUCGUCGUGCCCGAUGUGUCGUCAGCCUGUCACCCACCGCGCCUGCCGCGACGAAUUCCUGGCCUUCAAGGCGGACCAGCGCGCGCUGCAAGCCCUGCACGGCGCAGCGGGGGAAGAUGGUGCGAGCACCAGCUAA